AUGGUUUCUCUGCUGUGCAAAUGUCAUGUUUCUAGUUGUUGCCACCCCAGCUGCUGCCUGCACCCAGCCUGUGGCCCGGUCUCCUGCCACACCACUUGCUCUUGCCCUACCUGUGACCUGUGUCAGCCCCACCUGCUCCCACCCCGUGUGCUGCACUUCUUCCUGCUGCUGAAGCUCUGCCU